AUGUCAUUAGCCGACGUCUUUGCCUUCUCACAUGUUACGGGACACGUCUUUUCCACAAGUGAACGUGUUGCGUUGGCCACAUCACUUCCACUUCUGAUGGAAAAGAGUAAAUGCCGUACAAUGAUUGUAUGGGGUAAAGUGUAUGGCUUUAAGAAUGAUUACACGAUUGUACAGGCCUUUAAUGAUGAUCUCGUUGCCCAGCCGGUGAUUUAUUAUUCCAUUGAUGAAGGACGCUCCUUUGUUUUUCUUGGCACCACCGAUUCAUUAAUGGAACGAACCAUGGAUGAAACCUUAAAUGUCAAACAAAAGAAAAUGUUAAUGUAUCGUAUGCGUGGACCCUUCAUGGGUGAUCCAUCGUAUGAGUACCGUGUGGUGGAUGAGUUGACCGGCAUGACCGCCAGUUAUAAAGAAUCCCUGCGGCUCGUGUUGUUUAUUGAGGCGCACGACUUUCACUGCCGUGUGGCCCCACGCGGGGCGUAUUAUCGUGAACUCCGCAAUGCCACUCUGCCGCCGGAAGUGAAACACAAUAUUGCCUUUACGGGUCUUCCACGCACAUACGAUGAGGCACUCUCCCUGCGGAAUUACUAUCACUUACGGGCGGAGAAUCCCUAUCUCACUCUUAUUGCCCGCAAUGAGGGAACCCAACAACAUGAGAAGUCUGGACUGGAGCGAUUGGAGGAGGAUCAAAAUCUCGAUGCCGUCUUUUUUCCCAUCAGUGAUGAUUUACCCGGCGGUGUUUGGCGAAUGCGGUAUGAUCCUGUGAAUAAUGUGGUGCUGGGAAUGAGUGCGAAGUUUGUGGGAUCUGUCUUUUAUCACGUGCCGGAGACAAAGAAGUAUGGAACUAUUUACAUGGGCGAUGGCAACAUCAACCACGAUAUUGCAUUUGAGCUAUAA